CUUAUUUUGGGGCUUGUGAGCCUGUCAGGAAGGGUUGUCAGCUGCAACUGCAAGAUUGUGGAUGGUGAGAGGCUGAGCGAGGGAUCGUCCUACUCUUUGCUUGGAGAUUAUCGAGGUUACAUGGCUGCGGCUGCUAAAGGGUUGUGUCUGUUGUUGAAGAUCCUGAGGCAGUGAUGUGUAACCUUAAGGUAACCUCACUGACUCGCCCUCAAGACCGUUGGGUUUCUCUCUUGGCCAUUAUUCCUUCUGCUCGAGUUCAUCCAUCUUGUUGGGAUAAUCGACCGAGUAUUCGGGGAAGUGUGUGUGUGUGUGACUGUAAGCCAGUGGCCAUGUUAUUUUUAGUUUCCUACAUGUGUCCCGUGUGGAUUAGUUUACUCCGCAGUGCACACCGUAUUCGCUGCUCAGCCGAUGUACCCGGGAGAAAUGUUUUGGAGUUUUCGGCCUCUCCAACUCGAAGCAUCGUCGCCGUUAAGAAGCACUCUCAAAGUCUCAAUUAUCCGAUCCCUCGGUGGGGUUGUUCUCCGAACUUCCGAGUCCCGGGUGACCAUCAAAGAUUGACCAGUGUGGAACAGUUUAGGACUGGCCGAAGAUCAGCCAAACCCACCAUAUUUUUUCGUGCGGCUUCGUGCCGUGCUCCGCAUGUAUCUUUGAGGAAUGAUCUCCGAGUUUGCUGUGGCGGUGCGUUGAAGGAGAAUUGGAUAGUUAAGCAGGGCCGAGGAUUCGCCGAGAUGGGAGCCAGGUCCCUGACAGGUUGUUGUGCCUUUGCCUGAACUUGCCAUUCGAGAGUCGGGGGACCGUUUUUGAUUGUGGGAAGAAUUACGGAGCAGUCAAUUCUCAGUGAUAAACUUGAUACACUUAUCUUGGGGACAGGGCCUUCAACAGUAAAUAAAUACUCACUGAGGACGGAGGUUCUUCACCUUGGUAUGCUUGGCCGAGGUUAGCCGUCUGUUCAAACGCCCCGUAUUCCGUAUUGAAACAACAACAGGAAGAAAACCAAAUCCUUCUGCCUAUGACUGCUUCUUCCUUCCCCCACUUCUCGCUCGCACUACUGCUGCUCGGCGCUCGUUCGUCCCCUGGUUUUCGUGCGAUGCCAUCG